CCGGACCAGGCGGGCAAAGGUGCCUCACACAGCUGUGGAGCGCACCCAGCUUUCCAGCCUCAGGCGUCCCGGGGGGUAUCCAGGAGCCCCAGAUGGAAUCCCGAGCACCCCAGAGUCUUUGCUUGAAGACCGUGGGCCCCAUCGUUUUCCAGCUCCAGGCCUGCUGGAGGAAACAACCCAGAUAAACCCGCUCCAUCCUGGAGUGUGUUCCUAGAAGAGAGCAGGGUAAACUUUUCAGAGUUCCCCAGAAGUUCUCAGUGCUACCUUCAGUAAUGUCAUCCUCCAAAGGAGGUCAAACUCAGAAGAUGAAAGUGUCUGUGUUUACUGGGAAAGGACCACUGGAGAUUCCAUUCCCAACAGAGAUGGACUGGCCGAAGGAUGAUGAAAAGGAUUAUGUUUUCCAGGACAUAUAUGAGGGGUUGGAUUCCCUGCCUCAGCCUUAUAGAAUGAUCAACAAGCUGGUGAACCUUCUGUUUGACCAGUCAUGGGAAAUUAUUGAAGAGAGAGAGGCAGUGAAGGAGAUUGAAAACAACCGGAUCCCACCCACGAUCUACCCUCCACUUGAAGAAAUCCAGCUCGACAAAACACCUGGUGGUAUGGCUGUUUCACAAGAUUAUCUGUUUAUUGGAGGAGUCAAAGGAUUCUCAAUUUAUAGCCUGUACAAUGCUAAAAGAAUAUAUGUUUGGGAGAAGCUUAAGGUUGAUGUCACUUCCAUCUGGGCCACAGACUUGGGGAAUGAAGUGCUUAUUGCUCCUGUGGAUGAAAUGGGUAUCAUUAGAUUAUUUUACUUUUAUAAGGACAGUCUUUUCCUAAUCAAAACCAUCAAUGAAACGGAUGAUACCAGCAAGCAAAGCACCUGUGUAAAGAUGGAAAUCUCUCAAAGUGGGGACUUUGCAGCCUUCCUCCUCCAAGGAGGUGGGGAUGUUUGGCUGGAAGUGUAUAAAUUGCCCAAGGAAACUUGGCUCAAGGAAGUGGAGCACCCUCAGUUUGGUCUAAAUGCAAAGAAAAAAGUCAAACAGCUGCAACAGAACGCUCUUGAUGCUACUAUUCCAGAAAAUCUAGAAAUGACUUGGGGAUCAAGUCCAGGCCCUUCCAUAUACCAGGAUUUGAACAUUUGUUUUAGAAGUGAUAUUAAGCUGAGUCUACCAGUUUAUAUAAUGAAGAUCAAACCACCUAAACCCAUAACAGGUACCACAUUUAAAAGCCCCCUGGAAGUCUUUUCGAAGGUAGAGGAUUGCUGUGGGCUGGGCUCUGGCCAGAAUCACUUCAUCAAGGAUGCUCAGUGGGAGCAGCACAUGGAGAUCUUCAACACAUCCUACAAGAAGUACCUGGAAGGGGAGUGGGAGGAGGAACCACUCAGUAUGGCCACGUUCCACUUCUUCUUUACUAGCUGCAUAACCACAAUGCCAUCGGAUAUCAAGAGCUCCUCAGGAAUGGUCUGUGUCCUUGGCCUACACUGGACUGGAAGUCACAAUUUCUUCCUUUAUGCACUGAGCAAAACUGUAAAGGAUAAAAUUGAUUGUGAGAACGUGUGGCCCUGUGCUGCACCUAUUGCAGUGUCUCAGAUCAGUGACUCCUCCUCCUACUUGGCACUGGCUUGUGAGGAUGGUGUACUCAUUCUGUGGGACCUGGUCCAAGGAUUCCCUUUUGGAGUCGUAGCUCUCCCCGAGGGGUGUUUCUGCCAAAGCAUUCACUUCCUAAGAUUCUUUCUGGAACAUGAAGGACGGAACAUGUACCCUGAAGGCCAGGUGAAAUCCCAAAUGAUGUGUGUGGUGCUGUGCACUAAUGCUUCCCUCCAUCUGGUGACAGCCAGUCAGACCAAAGGACCCACCACUACAGUGCUUGUCAAGAGGCCUGUGAAUCACCCAGAAGAAGCCAUCUGUUCAGUGGCCCCAGUCCCAUCCUUGCCUGGCAUGGUGCUGAUCUUUUCCAGGAACUAUUCUGUGAGCCUCAUGGAUGUGGCCAAGGCUAAAAUCAUCUGUGCCUUUGCUGCCCCCAUGUAUCAUCAGCUGGAGAGCCCCUGGAAGCCACUGUUUGUUGUGUCUGCACACCACCCAUGUUUUCUGCUCCACGGAGACCAUCCAGAUGCUAAAACUGCAUCUACUAAUGACACUGAGGAUACCCCAGACUUGGUUUUCUUAUUUAAUUUUGAGGCCUACCCACUCUUGGAAGAUAUCUCCAAAAAUUGCACCAUCUCUCUAAAAGACAUUGCAGAUACUAUGGCCUUCCCCCAGGUAUUGCCAGUGGAGAAAAGAUGUGAGCACUUCCUCCAGAAGAGCUUCCAGAAACUUCCAAAGAUCCAGGGGAAGGGGCAUGAACAAUGGACCAGGCUUCAGGAGUACUCUGUGGCUCUCCAGAAGAAAACUUAAAGAGGAGACCCUGGGACUCUGAAGAAGUUUCCACCUAGAGAGCCACUCCCCAGGACACUGUGAGACAAAAAAGACACAGGUGACAAAGUUAUAACUGAAGAGCCCUGGACCUACAGCCUGAGACCUCCAUGAAGCCAGCAGGAGGCAAGGUAUUUUAAGGACCUACAAACACUAACUACCUUAGGGUAGUUAGAUAUUAUCAUGUCAAUAAACAGAC